AGAGACCUAGCCCACCGUGGCUGAAAGACGGUGACUCCUGUGCUGAAGCAGAGGCUGACAAGGGUGAACAGGACUGCCUGGGGCAGAGCUGUGACCGCUGGGAAACAGAUGUCUUUUCUGCUGCUGAGCAGACUGGCAGGCAGCCGGUGAUGGGGCCCUACUUGGAAGACCCCCUCCUCUGCUGGCUCCUGCGAUUCUUCAGCCUCCUCGUCACCCUAGGUGUCUGCAGCAGUGGGACCAAUAGUGGAGGUCCCGGUCCUGGAGUUCAGGAUUCUGGAGCUCCUGAUCCUCUGCAGGGGAUCCGAGGAGGUUCUGUGCUGUUUCCUUUGCUCAAGAAGCAAGACGCUGAGCUGGAGGAGGUCUCGUGGGGCUUUGGUCCUGGGUCAGAGUACAGAGUCCUGCUGCGAGUCCGUCCUGGGGAAGCUCCCAUCUGGGUGAGCCUCCAGGACAGGUACCAGCAGAGGGUCCAUGUGCCCAACAUGACGUCCCUGAAGAUUGAGAACCUGACCCCCGAGGACAGUGGGCUGUACCGGGCUCGAGGCAGCUUCACUGGAGGAGUAGAAUUUACCCAGGUUUUCCUCCUCACUGUCUAUGAGCCAGUGACCAUUCCCCAGAUCCUGGUCCACUCAUCAUCCAUCACGCAAGGCUGGUGUAAUGUUACCGUGGAGUGCAGGACCUCAGGGGACACAGAGGACCUGAAGGUGACCUGGGAGGGCAAGGGCCUCCCCAGGGAGCUGGAGGAGAGAGUGACACCAGGGCCAACCCCCAAUUUGUGGACCCUGGCUGUGCACCUGCCCCAGAGCCAGCCCUACACCAGCAUCACCUGUGUGGUCAGCAACGAAGUGGACCAGAAAACUGCCACCUUCGACCUUGGGGAAGUCUGUGUCCAUGGUUCACAUGGACAAGCCAAUGCUGUUGCCCUGCCAGGCAUCUUAGGGGCAGGGGUUACUGUGGCUACACUAUUACUGAUCCUUGGAAUUGGACUCUGCCUUUGGAAGAAGAAGAAGAAGAAGAAGAUGGAGAGUGCAAGAGGAUUGCAGGAGGAGUCUAAGGACCGCGACGGUGGCAUCCAAUAUGCAGAGCUGAGCCAGCAGGAUUCUCGAGAGAGCACGGACCAGGGUGAUGGUGAACGACGUCUAAAAGAAAAGGAGGCUCUUAAUACUGUCUACAGUGAGGUCCAUAAGCCAGCAAGUGGGCCCAUGAAGAUAAUUUAAUUGGAGGAGGCAGAAGAAUUGACACUCCUAGGACACCUCCAUUCUGAAUUUGAUCCCUGCAGAUACCUGCCCCUACGAGUGCUGGUCCAGCACCUGCUGCCUCUGGUCUGCAUUCCUCUGACCUUUGUGCCCUCAACUCCCUGGGCUCACGUGGCCCUGUCACUUCCUCUGUCAACUCUAUACGCUGCCUUCCACUCAGGUUCCUCACUCCAGAAGGACUAGUGCUCUUUCUCCAUCAUUGACUCGGCUCCUGAUUCCUCUCCUUCUGAAGUUUCCCUAGGAGGAUCUCCCUACCUGUGCAUGUGUUCAUCCCCCCAGCCUCUGCGCUGUGGCUGGUGUGUAUCUUUCUGAGAACAGGAGCCUGGGCGUGGGGACUGUGUGGAGGUUUCGACCACACCAUAGAGGGAGUUAGGAACUUGGAGCUGGGUGCUGAGUUGAGUGUCCAUGGAGGUGGCCUGGAUGGAUGGGUAGGAGCCUGCAAAAGACGGGCCUGAGGCGUCCUUUGUAUGGCAAAAGGUGUUGGAGGGACUGUCUAGUAUACAUCAUACAUGGGGGCCAGAGCCCUUGAUCCUGAUCACCCAUACUAACCUCAGCUUCAACUCAUGGGCCUUAAAUCCAUCUCUUGUGGAAUGUGAAGAGGAAUUUGUAUUGUCUCUGGUCCUUCCGAGCCAACUCCUUUUCAGAGAAAGACCCCAGGAACCCAAUGUUGGGACUCUGUGUUCUUCCCUGUCUGGGCCAGGGGUUCUUGUCAUUAGAAUGGUCAUGCAGGGAGUUCCUGUUUUGCAGCAGUGGAAACAAGUGCUACUGGUAUCCAUGAGGAUGCAGGAUCCAGUAUUGCUGUGAGCUGUGGUGUAGGUCGCAGAUGCGGCUUGGAUCCCACAUUGCUGUGGCUAUGGUGUAGGCUGGUAGCUAUAGCUCUGAUUUGACCCUUAGCCUGGGAAUUUCCACCUCCAUGUGCUGUGGGUGUGGCCCUAAAAAGAAAAAGAAAAAGAAAAAGAAAAAGAAUGGUAGUGCAUGUUGCCCCACCACCCCCAUGAUGAGGCUGCUAUGAGGUGUGAAGGGUGAAACUUACGGGAAGGUCUGAACCAGCCCUCUCCUGCCUCUUCUACUGACCCUCAGACCCCACAGUCCUGCUGGCCUCAGAUCCUAGGUCAGUCUCCUCUUUGCUCACUCACAUCCCUCUGCCUGGAAUGAUGGAUCCUUUACCCUGUCUCUUAUUCCCAUCCCUGGCUGUUGAAAACCUACCAACCCACCCAAAGCCUCUCUUCAAGUCACGUGUUCCAGGGAGCCUGUCUGCUACCAAGAGUUGGAAAUGUCCUCUCCCACAUCUGACCUUCUUGAACACCAUGGACAUAACUAAGGCCCUUGCUGCUGUCGGCCAUGGACUGGUCAUGUGUCUUCCCUGCCAGACUUGCCUAGGGCUCCUUCAAGAGGGUGUUGGGGUUUAGGAGGCAAGGACCAAGAAGACAAAAACCUGUCUCUAAGCCUCCUCACAACUUCCACGGGGACUCAGCAGACUGAGACCCAGAGCACAGAGGCUGCUGAAGGUCUUGCUGGUGGUGAGCCCACUUGGAAGCAAAGAGGGAUGUGAUGACCUCCCAUGACCUUGCCUGGCCCAGAGAUCUGAGGAGGGGCUUCCCCACCCCAUCUCCAGCCUCCCAUUGCCUGAGGACCUGAUGCAGCCUGCACUGUGCUGUGUGGGGUCUUCUCCCCCUGGGGAUUUUCAUCUCAUCAAAGCCUCUGCCUCCUGCCUUUGGUCCCAGCUCUUGGGUCAGAGAUGGGCUUGCUCUGGAACGAUGAUCUGUGGAAACUUGACUGCUGGUCUAGAUUUCUAGAUUCCUGGAUUUCUUGGUUCCCUUCCCAGCUCAGCAAGCUCAGCUGAUUCACCUCUAACUUCAGAAAGCAAAGUUCUGAGCUAAAGCUUUGAGCAUGAUGAAGCAAGGCUGGGAUCCUUCUUCCUAUGGAUAAAGGAGGAUGAGAGUUUCAGUAAUAAAGCUGUUUCUAACCUC